ACUAGUCCCUGGACUCACUGCAACCGGGCCAUGUCCUCUCAGCGGAACGUGCUGUGUGCGGUUCCGGUUUUCAAUGGACGUCGAUGACGCGGUCUAUGGGCGAGAUGGGUGCGACGAUGACGGCUACAGGCUGCGGGUGGAGUUCCCUCGGAGCGGCAGGGGCUCCAGAGGCGGCUUCCGUGGGAUUGGUGGAGCUCCCAGAGGAAGAUACGGUCCUCUCUCCAGACGCUCCGACUGUGUCGGGACUCCCUCAGAGUGGCAGCUGGCAGGACCUGAAGGACCACAGAGAAGACAUGACCUAUGGCCGUUCGAAAGCUGGACAACACCAAAUCCCGCUCACAUGAGACGGUCCCCGCAGCCCACGUUAUGGAAGAUCCCGUUCCCGCAGUCAUGGCAGUCGGAGCAGGAGCCGGAGUCCCAGCCUCAUCGGUCCCCGUUGCUGUGACAGAGGAUCGCCUCGUCAGAGCCGCUCUCUCGCUCCCGUUCUUAAAGUUUUCUACCACCGAUGUUUUUGCCCUUUUGACGUAUACCCUCUUGUUUUUACCUCUUUUUCAUCGGUUUCUCCAGAUGUCGGCAAUUGAUUUAAAUUUGGGCAUUUCAUGUCCCGAUGUCCUUGUGGAUGAUCAUGGUAUGUAGAUGUACACCCCCCCUCCCCUCUCCUCUUUCACCCUCUCCCCCACCCACUCCAGCUGCUCUGUCCUUUUUGUUUUCUCCUCCUCUCUGUCCUCUCAAUUUGAGGAACAUUAGAAAUCGUUCUGUGUGGAGCUUCAAAAAAGCUGCACUCAAUGUUUUCGCAAGUAUUGAACAUUUAACUUUUAUUGGGUUUUUGUUUAUUUUAAAAAACACACAUAGUUUCUCUCAUUGGAUAUGUGGUGUGUGCUGUUUGGACAGGGAGCUCAAUGCUUAACUGUAUUUUGCACUUGUGUCUUCCUCUUAGACAUCUGAAGAGAAGGAUUAAGGUGAUUUGGAAUAAAACCAUAGUGGAGCACAUUUCAUUUGUAUGGUCAGGAUAGGACAUCGAGGAGCAAUCAGUUUGAGGCAAUGUUACGCUUUAUAAAUUGAAUGUUUUGAUAGGUUGCCAUCAUGCGUGACAUUUAAAAGCCAUUUGUGCUUUACACACAUAUACAUCUUCACAUAUAUAUAUAUAUAUAUAUAUAUGUAACUUGUUACUCUGACUUGUGAAAGAAUAAGCAGUCCUAGACCAAGUGUUGUGAUGUAAUUGUAACAUAUUUACUGUCAAAUGUAAAAAUCUGAAUCACUUUGUUGCAAAAACGUCCCACUUUUAAAAUGUCCUCAUUGGUUAACAUGAUUUAACUUCAGGGAGCUACAUUGUUUGCGCUCAGUGGUGGGUUUUUUUCUAUUCUUUUCUUGAUCUGACAUGAGUGCACUAAAAUGGAAAAAUUAGGCCCAAA